AUUUGUUUCUUGUAAUCUUUAACAAAUAACCGAAGCCAGACACUAAGAAUUAUACGUAUCAUAUAACAAAACAAAGCUGCAGGCUUCGAUUCCUCUUUUCUCGAAUUCCAAGGGUUUGUGUAAUAAAUUUCCUCUCAUCACACGUCAAGGGUUCAAUUUCCUGGUUCGAUUGCUGAAGCUAAUUCGAAAGUCAGGGUAAAAAACGUAAAACACAAUGGAUUGGGGGAGCGUUACUGUGGAAGAUCUGGUGGAUGCCCUUCAGGAAGUGGAUUGGACAUCCCCUCCGCGCCCUUUGAAUGAAUUCUUUUCCAGGUUCACUGUCCCUCGCAGUUUGUCCAAAUGGAACAGCCGUGCCAAAUGCAACCUAUACUACUACCGCACCAACUACUUCAUAAUCAUAACAUUCAUUCUUGGGUUGGCUUUUGUGAGGAAUCCCCUUGCGCUUUUGGCUGCUAUUCUGGCAGGCUUCAGUAUUGCACUUUUUAAUGAUAGCUUUGCAAUUACUUUUAAUGAGAAGGUGACAAGAACUGUACGGCAGUUUUCCCCACAUCUAGCUGCAAAAUUGCGGCCACCAGUCACACCUGUCAUCCGAGGACGUUCAGUUAGGAGGACAAGGAUGAUUCAUAUCUGUGGUAGACCCCGUUGGAUGUUUGUUCUAUUGUUUUCAGCAGCCAGCACUUUGCUGUGGUUUGUAUCAUGUGGUAUCCUAACGGUUAUCUGGGCACUACUAAUAGGCCUGCUGUCAACACUCCUCCAUGCAAGCUUCCGUACACCAAAUCUCAAAGCACGGCUGAAUACAUUCCGUGAAGAAUUUCGUGCAGUGUGGCGGAAUUAUAGUGAUUUUUGAGGGAAUCAAGGAGCUACUAGAAGACAAGAUUAGUUAUUGGCUCAAUAUCAGCUUUAGAGGAAUGAUCUUUAAUGUUUUUUCCAGCGCUCAAUAUCAGCUGCAGUCCCACUGGAAUUGAAAUAUAUAGUGAUAAGGGCUCUAUGGUUUCUAAAUGGAAAGUGCAGCAACUGCAUAAAUCUUAAGAUCUCUCACAAGCGAAUCUUGUAAUACUAUUGUAAACAAAAUUUGGAUGGGAUAUGCAGAUCUUGCUUUUUCUUUCAUUUCUAGUGUCUUAAUUAAUCAUUUGAAACUAGUUGCAGCAAUCCUGGUUCGUGGCCAGGCAAGCGGAUUGUAAAUUUUACACUCUAAUUUACAAGUAGCACUAUUUUUAUAAGACUUGAUCAAGGGUUCUGAGGUUAUUGAUCCUAGCAUUUAAUAUAGUAUUGUUCUGCUUUCUGCAUUUGAUGUUGGUAAAUCUAUCAUACCAUAUACGGUGAAUAUUUUCUGCCUCUGACUAAUGGUCACGAAAUGUAUGUUGUUACUACAUUGCUCUGACAAAACAAAUCUGAGUAAAUUCAUAGCAGAAUUUUAACAUCUCUACUUACAGCAGAGAUGCUUUUAUAUAUGAUUUAUGUAUGAUUUAAGUUUCAAUA